CGCUCUGAAUGGGGACUUUUGAGAAACGUUUGACGUCACAUAUCAGCUGCACAGUGCUCGUGAGUAUGGAUGGAAGGGGGAGGAGGGAAAGAGCACGGGGCACUCAAACUACACAGUGAGGGAGUGUGUUGUUUUUCUUCUACGUCCGUUAUUUUUGUUGCUUUUAUGUCCCAGUUUUUGAAACAACGCGGCUUUGAUUCAAACCAACGUUUCGAAUAACUGUGUUCCUCACCGCGGGGGCGAGAUGUUCUGUUUUGAUGCUUUAAUUUGAUAACUCAGCCUCUGACUCCCAGGUGAUUUUUGAACGCUCCUCCCUGGAGGACCGCUAACUGGAGGAUGUUGGAAUGGAUUUUGAUAGAACUGUCUUUAAUGUCGACAAGCCUUGCUGAUUUUGCACCCGUAAAACAUCUUAUAUUGUUAAACUGAAUAUUGGCUUGGACUUAAGUGGAACAUUAGGCUACUGGUCGUUUGACUCGAAGAUUAACUGGUCCCGUUUCCGAACAUCAUACGGCGGGCUUCCAAGAGGAUUAUCAUUCACACUCGAUAACGUAGCCUAUGCAGCACUGAAGACAACUUUACAAGGCAUGAAUAAAGGUCAUUAGAUACCUCAAAGCUCCAUGACUCAGCUCACUGCUGAUGGAAGAAAAGGCGUCUAGUAAGCCCUCCAUGGUGUCCAGACUGCCUAAGUUUGGUGCCCGCCCGUCGGGCGGCACCACUGUGCCAGUUGCCAAUGGCUCUGCCCAGGCUACGCCUAGCUCUGAGGGCAAGAGCGAACCCACCGGCAAGCUCAAUGGCCUUGUCCGCGCCUCCUCCUUCUCGCUCAAGUGGAGGAAGGAGAAUGGGAGCCCUGUGCAGCCUGCCAGCCCAGAGCAGGGCUCCGCCGCUGGGGAGAAGGUGGAGCGCGGCCGAGGGCCUCCCCAUGGUUCUCCAGGGCUCAGAGAGAUCAAGAAACCGGCCACUCCUGUCACCAAGGCGCGUCGCUUCGGCACAGUGCCGGUGACCAUCAGCAGCCCCAAAGCCAUUCCCAAGCAGGCCUCGAAGAGGAGCCCGAGUCCAAAGCCCAUGCCAAAGCAGUCCCCCUCCAACCACCCGGCCAGCCCCCAGAGCAACGGAGCCAGGCCGACCCAGAACGGCUCCUCCUCCUCCUCCUCCACGGGGCCCGGCAGGGGCUCUGGUCUGCUGCGCCCGCGGGCCAGCUCCUCGUCCCCGCGCAGCAGCUCCCGGGACAGUCUGUCCCAGUCUAGCGACAGCCUGAAGACUCUGGCGCACUCGCCCUCCUCUUCCGACAGCAUGGUGCGCUCCCAGAGCUUCACCAACUUCAAGCAGCUGCCCGCAGAGCACAUCCCGCGCUCCUUCUCCUUCAACCGGGCCGUGGAGCUGGCCAAGCCGCUGGCCAACACCCAGCUGCGCCCGCCCGUCCUCCGGACCCAGCACGUCCUCGCCAAUGGCCGGACAUCCGGGCAGCAGCAGCUCGGCAAGGGGGGCUUUCUUGAGCGGCCCUCGGCCUUGGGGGCGGCAGGGUCCGCAACGCCGCCCAGCGCACUGAGGAAGCCCCUCCUGCCCAACUGCGUGCUGACAAAACCCUCCGGCCUGGCCUAUCGACUGACACGGUCAGCCGGGAACAAGCCACAGCGCCCUCUGCUGGCUGGGAGGAUGGCGGGUGACGGGAAAGCGGAGGAGGGCAGGGGAAGUGAGCCUGCGACUGACAGUGAGGUGUCGCCACUCACUUCCCCCGACUUUUCUGCUGACAGUGACAAGGUACUUUGCCUAGAUAAUCCUUCAGAGGACCACUCUAACCAGAGGGAGAAGGACCCCAGUCUUUCGUGUCCAGGGGAGGUGUUGGAGGACAUGUCCCUUUCUUCAGCGUCCUCCCUGGACCGAAACGACACCAGUGAGGAGUUCCUCGAUGACUUUGACAACCUGGGAGACCAGUCACAUGACGGCACGCCUGACAACAGACAGCGGUUGGCAUCGUCCAGCCAGGCGCGACUCCGCAGUUUUCUGAACGAAACCAUGGACUGGACAGGAGGGAAGGCUGAUUAUGGGGUGCAGGCUCCCCGUCCCCCCCUGGCGGAGUCUCCGGAGCACGACUUCCCUCCAGGCUCGUCUCUGGAGCUGUCGCCGUCCAACAGCUCUGGGGGGACCUACAUGUGGGACGAGGAGGGCUUGGAGCCCAUGGGCCACAACUCACACUGCUGCGGCAGCUAUGACUCAGAGGGCAUCUGUGGGGACAUUCUUAGCAACCUGGAUAAUUUGGAGUCAUGUGACCUUGAAGAUGAUGACCUCAUGCUGGAUGUGGACCUGUCAGAGGAUGUGUCUCUGUGCAAUGAUGCAGACGGGAUGGCCCACUUUGAGCGCUCAGACCGAGGUGGCCGACAGGGCCACUGGAGGCGGAGGCAGCACAGGCUGAACGGACCUGACCAUUUCCACAACGACAACAGCAGGCCCGUGGCAUAUGACGGCGUGUGUCGGGUGGGCCCCAGGGCCCUGCAGCAGCCUGCAGGGAGGGGCGACGGCCACAUGGUGGCGCUGGAUGAGCUCACAGUCAAACACAUGUCCCAGGACUGCACCUUUGUCAAAAACCAGCUGCUCAAGCUCAAGAGUCUGCUGCAGUUGGAAGAUGGUGCCGCAAUUCCAGACAGUCCAGAAUCUAUUGAAGAUAGCAGUGCUCUCCAGUUGCAGGAGUUGAUGAGAGAAGUGCAGGGGUUGAGGGAAGAGCUGCGCUGUAAGGACCGCACCAUCGCUCAGCUCACCCAGCAACAGUAUCUCCACAAACAGCAACAGCAGACAGCUGCUGUGAGGUGCCACUGCCAGCAGAGGGCAGCGGCGUCCAGGGUGGACAGACGGGCGCACCACGACAAAUCCACCCAGACCCCCUGGAGAGGCCCUGCGCCUCCAGUUCUACAACCUUCCAGCACCUCCCCCAGCAGGCCCCACACCACGGGAAGCCUAGCAAGAACAGCCCACACAGGGGACCGCAGUGACCUCAGGCCAGCUGGGGUGGAGUCCCAUGGCCAGUCAGCCUCCACCCUGGAGUUGGAUGGCGCUGUCACCACUGCCCUUCGGUCUCUGCCUGACCCGGAAGAGCUCAGUGUGCUGCUCAGCAGGCACCUCAAGAUCCACGACAGCGAGGCUCCACCGCCCUCCAGACCCCGGAGUCUGGGCCACCCACCCAGCUUGGAGAGGCCGCCAGGGGAAGGGGCUUUGCAGGGCUCCAGGUCUCUGACCCAGCUCCCACUCAGCCCCCGCGUCCUGCAGCCUCCUCGCGUUCACAAGCGAGUGUCCAUCCCGGUCCUGACGCAGGGGGACUCCUCCAGAGCGUCCUCUGAUUGUGUGGCGAAGCCUAGUCUAAAGCCUGGGUUCGCGGCGAACUCCAGGCAGCUCAAGCAGCUCCCACCCCCAUCCAGGGGCCUCCCCUGCUUCAAUUCCGGGCCCCAGGGUGGGGGUCCAAGCUUGGCCACAAUGCUGCUGGGCCAGCCCAAGCCCCUGGGGCUGAGGAGAGAGCCUACUCAUAUCCAGGUGGAGAAGGACACUGAGCUGAGUCCCAGGACCCGCACCCUGGUCCCCAUCAACCUCUUGACAAGAUUCCCCAAGCUAAGCAAGGCUGCUGCUCAGGACCCAGAGUUUGGUCCACGUAAGUCUCUCGAGGAGAUACUCCAAGCCAAAGAUCUACCACGAACUAAGCUCACCUGAGCUGUCGCACACCUGUGCAGCUUGCUCCGAACAACCCGUCCAUUAGCUGUGACUCUUGACUCAGCCUUAGGAGAGACUGACGAAACAAGUUCAUAAAGAAUAUGUAGCAUGCUGCUCAGCUUCACUUAUAGAAGUAGACACACAUGCACACCUUUUGCCCACCAGUAGCUGCUCCUCUUUUCUAUGCAUAGAUUCACAAUCAUAGUGGAUUUUUUACGCAGUUUGAGAUGUUGUGGUGUUUUUGAAGUAAGUUAUAUUUCUCAGGAAAUCCCAUACAUAAAAUCAUCUCACACCACAGGACCUUUUGUAAACACAAAAAAAUAUUUUGGUUGGGUUGAUCCUCCUGGCCAUGGCCUUUUUCAGGCUUCAGAAGGGGAGAGCAUCUGCCAGAGUCUUUGAUAUCAGUCCAUUUGUAAUGUCUGGCUCACAGCAAAUCGUACUAGUUUUCCCAGGCUCUAUUUGCCAGUGUGGAUAAGAAGUUUGCUUUGCUGAUAAGAGUAUGUGAGUGGGAGGGCUAAAUUUGGCAUGUAACACAUUUACUCUGAAAGUUGGCUUAUUACACACAAGAAUCCUACAGUUACAUACUCACAUACAUACAUACAUACAUACGUACGUACAUACAUACAUACAUACAUACAUACAUACAUACAUACAUGUACAUACAUACAGUACAUACAUACAUACUCACAUACAUACAGUACAUACACAUACUUACAUGCAUAUGUAUACAUAUGUGUACAUACAUAGAAGCAUAUACAUGUCAGUGGAGUGGUAGUGGCAUGUGACAGAGGUUUGUGUAUUCUCCCAAAGUCAACAGGCAUGUGUCAGGCCCCGUACAUAAACAGAGGUGACACAACCUAUCAGGGCCGUGUGUGAGUGUCAUAUUAAAGGAAGGGAUGUAUGACGAUGGGCUUAGACACUUCCUCAGAACGUAUCUCAGUACUCCCCUCACCUCAUCCUCCUGCCUUUUCUCAUGAAAGGUCCUCAGAGAUCAAUCGCGUACGCUUCGCCUCUCGCCACGCAAUAUUGACUUCACCAGACAUAACCCACUGAAGCUUUUGAAGAGUUGGGCACCCCUGUUUUCUUGUGUGUCCCUUUGUGUUGACCCUGCAAACAAUAGUCAACAGUGGCGCCUGUGAUCUUAAGGGGAGACACAGACUCCGCAUCACGUGUGUGUGUGUGUGUGUCUGUGUCUGUGUGUGUGUGUGUGUGUGUGUGUGUGUGUGUGUGUGGCACUGUCAUGACGCAGAGUGUCGCCCCUGCAGACCCGAAAGCUGCUUUACAUUCGGGAACAUGAUUGGUGUCCCUCGUUCGUGUGUGUGCGUCUGUCUCCGUGGUGAUUUGGAUGAUGGAUGGUCCUGCCGUGGGUGGGAGACGGAGGAAGCUUCUCCCACUCAGCGUCUGACGGCCCCUACCCUCCUCCACCCUCCACCCACCCCCAUCCACCCACUCCCUCCACUUGUGGAGGCAUGAUUAGAAAUGAGCCCCAAUGAGUGGUUCCCUUGUUUUAUAAUGAUGAGGUCAUUGUUCCUGGAGUGGUUGGCUAUCUGGGCUGUUUGGCUGUGCAUCAUCAUUUAUCAAAAUGAAUUGACACAGGGGGUCGAUGUGGGCCUGCGGAUUGCCUUAGACAUUGUAUUCUGAUUUGGAAUUUUGUUGGAUAAAAAUGAGUGACUGUGAGAGAUUGCAUGAUGUAUAAAAGAAAAAGAAACAUGUUGAAGGAUGUCAGUCCUGUACUAUCAGAGAAGUCAAAAACAAGAUGACUGACAGGUCAAUAGUUUUGGCUCCACAGGGUUAGUCAUCAACAGUUUUAGUUUAAUUGAUUUGAGAUACAGUAUUAUUUAAAAGACUAAUAUAAACAUCAAACAUAAAUCGUUUAGAUCAGACACAAUUAAAGUACCUAAAGAGGUAACCAAAGAAUCUUUUUUCCACAUCUAUUAGAAGUCUGGUGGUUGUCAGGAGAAAAUGGUCAUAAAUGCACUCUCAAGGAUAGCUAUUAUAAAGGACAUAAUGAAAAACCGACUUAACUGUCUUUAUUGUCCACUUAAUCUGUUCCACGACCAUUGUUCUUCUCAGACGUAGUUAAAAUGAAGCUGUGAAUUGAUUGAGGUACAGUGGGAAUGAUAGCCCCUUUAUGUCUCAGACUGCCAUGUUUGAAAGUUUUUUUGUUUUUUUUUCCAUAGUUCAGACAUGAGAGCAAGGAAAUAAAGUGAUAGAGGAACAAUGAGAACAAAAGUGUUUCUGUUAAGUUGCUCAAAGCUUGGCAGACGCUUAUAUAUGCAUGGUUCCUUUGCUUCUAGAUAAAUACAGAGCAUCAGGACUGAAGUGCCAUGGAGAAGUUUUCUGUCUUGCUUCUGAGCGGUCGUGACCAACUUAGCCUGGCAUCAUUUGUGAUGCCCACUAAAAUAGUCCCAUUUUGUGUUGUCUGUGUGCAGUGCCAUUCAGAGUUAAGGUUAGCUUUGUUUUUAUUUUCAGAUGCACACGCGUAGAGGGAGUGUGCAUGCUAGACAGUACAGGGUGGUCAGGUGUUUCUGGGGUUAUAGCCCGAGGCUCACACGUCCACAGCCUCCCUUAAGAGAGCAUCCUCCCAUUGAGCAUGCACACACACACUCACACACACACACACACACACAUGCUACCUUUUCACCUCCCGUGUUUAAUGCAUGAGACAACACAAAAAGGCUUCUGAAAUCACAUGCCAAACAUAGCACUGCAAUCAUGGUGAUCAGCCCAUCCAAAAGAGCACCGUAUUUUGGCGAGGUUGAGUGCCAACCGUUGCCCGCCAAUCCAUCUCCCCACAGCUCCACCAUAGCUAUCAGUGUGGCUGUGCAUGUUUAUUAUAAACAUUUGAGGUGGAACUGAAUGCCUGUCAUUACCCACAUCCAUCCUGCCUGCAUAAAUUCCUAUACAGGCUUGUUGCUAUUUGUCUCAUGUAGCCAGCCAUAACCAACAGGGAAUCAAUCUGGCUGAGUUUGAGCUCUGUUCUAGAAUCUUUGCUCUGCAUUAAGAUAACAUAUGGAAUGUUAAAACGGAAGCCUUGUGGAGCCAACUAUGAUGCUGAUAAUGGAACCCUCUUGAAAGGGUCCAUACCUACCCAUCGUCGUUCUCUGACAGGCUGUCUCUUUUUCCCCCUCUCACUCAUGUGCGUGCAAGCCCCUGCACAUUGCUGUGCAUUCGUUUGCCAUAGAUCUCUCCGUGCACCAUCUCUUUCAUGUUGUGUGUUGCCACCGAACAGAAAAUCAAUAGCUAAUGCUGAAACUCUAUUCACCACCCGUGUCUCCAGUCCGGAUGCCACUGAUUGGGAGUGAGAUAGUGUGAGUCUACGUGUGGAUGUGUAGCAAGAAGCAUUCACUAGAGAGAAAGAGAUAGAUCCGAAUCUUUUUUUUUUUUAUUCCUUUUUUGUUUGACUUGAGGUUUAAGAAUAAGACACAACGGCACGUGUGUGGGCUCACACCACAGAAACACAGGGCUUCACUCUUACACCACCACCACUAGUUCCUGCAUGUACAGUAGUAGAAACGUCUGACUGAUGGGGGAGAACAGGGCACUUGGAUGAGCAGCUGCAGUCAGUCUGGAUGAAAUGGCUCCUCAGCAUCCAGACUCUCACCUCCUAUGUCUCUGCAAGAUACACCAUGUGAAUGCCAGUGCCUCAGGCACUUCAUGUGUGACCACACAGAGUCCUCGUGCACCUGUGUCAUCGCGUGCGGCCACGGUGCAUGCCUUCCAUCUCGCACCGUUGCCAGUCGACUCAUGCUUCUGGCAGCAGGACCGUUCACAUCUCCCCUGGAUGUGUUUUCACAAUGAGACUCUUUUUCAAUACACACGCCACUAGUGUGCUCCGCAAGGACUCUACCAACUCACCUCAAUAGAAUGUGUCAGUGAAGGAAAAAAUAAUUACAAAAAAAGACAAAAAUCCUCAUGUUGCAUAGGCUUGUAACUGGUGUGUGGUGGAUGGGUGCUCAUUGCACGUUUGCUAGGGGGGAUUCAUCACAUAACACACCUUGGGUUUCUGUUCUUUGGCUUCUAUCUAAUCAAGCAUCAGUUCCGCAGGGUCAACUCAGCUAAGCUUGUUUGCCCAAUGUAUGUGUGCAAUAUUAGAAGAACAAAAUGAGAAGUGUAUUAUGGUAUAAGUUACAUCGGUAGAUCAGACAGAAGUCUGUUCACAACACUGUACAUCUAACAACUGUUGCUAACCUGUGCAUAUGAACAUGUAAUUAUAUAUUCAGUAGAUCCUAAUCAAUUAGCGAUCACAAGCACUUUAAAUGACAUGCUACGACAUUGAAAACUGGAGGAACUGCAGCCUGCUGGGCCUUUCAUGAUGUUAUUUUCUGUGUAUUGUUGGCUGAUUUACAUUUUUAUUUUAUUCUCUGACAAUUAAUUUAUUGUUUAUGUAGGAUUUUUUUUUUUUGGUUGGUUUGUUUCUUUUUUGGCUGAUGUUUUCUUUAGAGGUUUUUGUAAGGCUGCAAUAAACGCUGUAACAGA